AUGGACCCAUCCCAUAUCCUCGCCGUCCGAACCGCCCACCGCAAAGCAGACACCUGGCAAGAUAGAACAGCUCUUGGAACCGUACGCCUAUUACGCUGGGGCAUGGAUCUUGUCUCCGGAUAUCACGCUCGGCCAGCCAACACAAACACAAACUCCAAACCCUACCUCAUGACCGAGGAGAAAUGGAUCACGAGAUUCGUCUUCCUAGAAAGCGUAGCCGGCGUUCCAGGGAUGGUAGCAGGGAUGCUCCGCCAUCUCAAAAGUAUCCGCCGAAUGAGAAGAGACAACGGUUGGAUAGAAACCCUCCUCGAAGAAGCCUACAACGAACGAAUGCAUCUCCUAACCUUCCUCAAGCUCGCCGAGCCAGGCCGAACAAUGCGAUUUAUGGUCCUCGGCGCGCAGUGUGUAUUCUUCAGCGGAUUCUCGCUCGCAUAUCUCAUCUCGCCUCAGAUCUGUCAUCGCUUUGUGGGGUAUCUAGAAGAAGAAGCUGUGAUCACGUACUCAAAGGCAAUUGUUGAUCUUGAGAAUGGAUAUCUGCCUGGAUGGGAGGGUCUGCAGGCUCCCGAGAUGGCAAUUAAGUACUGGCAGAUGCCGGAGGGCCAGCGCUGUAUGCAUUCGCUGUUAUUGUAUGUGCGUGCUGAUGAGGCGAAACAUCGUGAUGUCAAUCAUGCUUUGGGGAAUUUGGAUCAGAAUAAGGAUCCGAAUCCUUUUGCGGCGGGGGUUAGGGCUCAGGUUCAAUCUGUUGCUCGUUCGGCUGGGGUUGCAUCAACUGCAGGGAAAUAG